UCUUCUUAUCCGGAGCAUUGAUCAAAGGAUCGUUCUUCUCAUUCUCCUCGAUGAACGAUCGCAUUCUGUUGGAACAAGAGAAGAGAGGGUCGGUCACACCGUAUACAUGACGCUAAAAAAGGCGGAAAUACUCGAAAACAAGGCGUUUGCUUGCGCACAGAAAAGUGAAAAUUAUUGUAAAAACUGACCGAUUGGAUAUAUUUCUAAUAUAAUUUAAAAAGCCACAAAGAUGCCACGCACUAAGAUACCAAAGAACUCGAAGCGCAACCGCGAGGUGGCCAAUCGCGAGGAGAAGGUCCGCUUGUACGAAUUAAAGAUGGACUCUAACCUGAUGAGCAUCGACAAUUUGGAAAUCGCGUUCUUGACCGAGGUGGACAACAAGGUGAAGUCGGUGCUUUCGGUGAUUCAGACCGAGCUGCGCGACAUGAAGAUGUCCGAGAUCCUGCACUUGUUCGGGGAGCUGAACCGCUUUGGAGAGUUCAAGGCCAGCGAGCAGACGCAGAUGAUAGUGUCUAUGUCGGCAAGCACUAACACCACGGGCGGCCAAGGAGGGGCCCUGGCCAGUGGCGGCAGCCGCAACGACGAAGGCUACCUUACAGAGGACAGCAGCCUGGGAGCCAGCGGCGGCAUCAUGCUGGCCGUUUCCACUGCUUCCAUGCUGCGAUCCGCCAAGGCCAUGCGGACGCCCGGCCCCCUACACUCGGCCAGGGCCCGUCGUGCCCGCCGUAGUCGCUCGGCCUGCGGGGAGCUGAGUGUAAUCCACUCGGCCAAGGCGCCCUCUGUCCCUAGCAGCAGCACCAAUGCGAAUCGGAUGUCUCGCGGCAAGAUGCGCACUCCGAUGUCCGCGCGGCCCAAGGCCUUCAGUGCCGAUCGCACUCCUCUUAAGCUGCACAAGGCACGCACCUCAUCGCCCUCGACUCCGCCAAUGGCCUUCCUGCGCUACCCUAAGCCGGGCGAGGUGGCGCUCUCCAAAUUUGGCAGUCCGAUGGUGGCCCAAGUAAUGCCGGAAAAGUUUGCCAAUGUAAACAUACCCAUUCGGAAUGGCAUCCUGAGCUUGCGACCCAAGAAACUGGAAGCAGGCGAGGUCGAAUCAAACCUGCUGGAUAACCUAGACGAGAGUACCCUGAAUCAGAUCAAAACGCUGCACGCCAAUUUGCAGAUGAUUGUGAACAAGGCCAGCCAGGCGGGCUUCAAAUAGUGGCCCCUUCUAAAUCGUAUCUAGAUGUAAUCAAAUAUCAUUUAUUUUAGUAUGUUUCGUUUAAGUUCAGUUCGCAAAUUAUGCACUAGCUAAUGCUUAUUUUAUCCCGUUUCUAUCCAUUAUUCAAAUCUAUAAAAGUUCUAAUAUAUGUUCAUCCGUUUAUAA